CACAGCCUUUCACGCUUUCACUGUCGAGAGCGGGGGGCUUGGUGGACAGUCGGUGGACCGGGUUGGGGGGGCUUUCUCAUCCAGACUGCGAAGAAAAAAAAAAAGCAAAACAAAACAACAACAACAAAAAAAGAAUUUACAGGUUAUCAGACAGGCGACAUGGAAGUGCUGUCAGUUCUUAAUUUGGGCGAGUUUGCCCAAAUUUUCUCCAAAAUGGGAAUGUUCCCUGUGUUUGAUCUCGCGUAUUACAUUGUGUCCAUCCUCUACCUCAAGUACGAGCCAGGUUCGGUGGAGGUUUCUCGCAGGAGUCCCGUGGCCUCCUGGCUCUGUGCCAUGCUUUACUGCUUCGGUAGUUAUAUCUUGGCGGACAUCAUGCUUGGAAGCAGCCCCGUCGACUAUUUCCAACACAACAGCCACAUCCUGCUGGCUUCAGCUGUCUGGUACCUCAUCUUUUACUGCCCACUGAACCUCUUCUAUAAAUGCGUGGCUUUCCUGCCCGUCAAGCUGGUGUUGGUCGCCCUGAAGGAAGUCGUCCGUACUCGUAAGAUCGCCGCCGGCGUUCACCACGCUCACCAUGCUUACCACCACGGCUUCAUCAUCAUGGUCAUUGUUGGAUACGUCAAAGGGUCUGGAGUGGCUCUCAUUUCCAAUUUUGAGCAGCUGCUGCGUGGUGUGUGGAGGCCCGAGACCAACGAGAUCCUCAACAUGUCAUUCCCAACCAAAGCCAGUCUGUAUGGAGCCAUCCUCUUCACCAUGCAGGAGGCUCACUGGCUGCCAGUCUCCAAGAGCACCCUCAUCCUCGCCUUCACCCUCUUCAUGGCCACAAGCAAGGUGGUGAUGACUGCCCGUCACUCUCACGGCUCCCCCUUCGCCCUCAUCGAGUCCUGGGUUUGUCACCUGCUGUUCGGCUCCCCUCUGGGUGGAUCUGAGGAAGACCACCAUCAUCCUCCCGCCGCCGUCCCAUCUUCACCUCUCAAAACCAAGGAGGAGCUGAGCGAAGGUUCUCGUAAGAGGAAGGUCAAAAAAGCUGAGUAGGAAGCCGCACUGUUCCAGCGAAACUGCAUCUGACUUGCCCCAUCAUGGCCUCCACUUGAUGGGACUUCCCAUUCCUUUCCAGGGAAAGGGGCAGUUUGAUGUUUUACCAAAUGAGACCCUUUCUAUUAGAGUAAAAUGGUGCUUUCUGCAUUUUACACAACAUGAGGACUCUGUAAAUACCACAGCAAAUGUUUCACACUUCAACCCGACCCGGACAAUUUAAACCUAUUUAUUCAAGUGUUUGUGAACAUCUGCAUCUGUGCUCGACUCUGUGUGGCAUGGGCCUGUCAGUGGUUUUCUUUAAGUCCACCAAUCCUUGUUUCAGUUCGGAGAGAAAUAGAAAAUACAAAUAUAUCUGACUCUCAAUCAGAAAUCCAAAUGUGAAUAAAGCAUUAUGCUGCUUUUUACACGUGACGACAUGACGACAUUGUCUUGUCUUCAAAUAAAAUCAAGAGAAACAUA